CCUGUGAACUGAUACACACUCCGGAGCAGAAGAGGGCGUUCGUGCUCCUACAAGCUGAAUGCUGUAAAACAAACAAAGAAGAAGAAGAGGCUGCUGCUCUGUCUCUGUGUGCUCUACCUUCGAGAACAAGCUCUUCUCCUGCUUCAGAUGCUGUGACUGCUGCGACGAUGAUUGAACGAGACCAGAAGAGGCCUGCUGAACGCAACAUUGUGCACUGUUUGCAGUGCUACAAGCCACAGGAGAGCCUCCCUGUUCACCUGGCCAGGGUGUGCAUGAAGAAAAGCACACCAGAAGAAAGAAUGGAGCAGGUGCAGAAGGCCAGGGCUUCCAGCAAAGAGUGGAUCCGGAGGAACCGGACCUGGAAUUACGAGCAUCUCCGUCAGCUCCUGCCUGACAGACGCUCUCGGAUCACCAUGGUCAAGGAGCUGCUUCGCCGUGGUUUCUUCAUCAUUAACCAGCCCGAGGAGUCUGACAUGGUCUUGGACCCUGAAGGUGACUCGGCCACUGUUGAUGCUGCAACAACCGCCGAAUCCUCCGGAGAUCCUCGAACCAUGUCUGCUUCUGUGAGGAUAAAGAUGAAAGAGGCGGGUCUGCAUGGCAAGUUCCCUGCCCGGUCCAAGCUCCUGGUGAGCUUUAAAAAGUACCUGACUGUGUCAAGGAAGGUCCCCAACUGGCAACAAGAGGUUGACAACGUGUCCCGUUUCCUUCGGUACUUGCAGCCCACUGGGAGUGAGCCAUCUAUGGACUUCCUGUCAAAAAGCAGAGAGACCCGGGACUUUUUGAUCGCCCUAAAGCGCACUGACAUGUGUCCAGCCUCCAUCCUCAAUUACAUCAAGAGCAUGAAAAGGUUCUUGGAGUACUUGACGCUAAGGCUGGAUUUAAAAAAAAAAGACCCUCAGCUGCGGACCAACUGCCAGAGUUACACUAACAUGCUGAAGACUCUGCGGAAGACUCUAUUCAAGACCAAUUAUGACAAGACAUGUGAUUUCAGACUCGAUGGCACUCCCUCCAUUAAAGAUUGCCAGAAAAUUUUGAGAGUGGCAAAGCCAGACUUCCUGAGGAUCCAUGAGAAUCUGCUUACGGGGAAAGAGGUCUCAAAUACAGAAAAGACGUUGUACCGCUAUUAUUGCGAGGCGCUCUUGAUCUUCCAUCACAUGCAGCGCCCAGGAGCUGUGGAAGGCUUCACAGAUGCUGACUGGGUGGAGAGGAUUGCACAAGGUGGCAGGGUGGUGAUUGGCGUAUGGAAGGAGAAAACUUUAAGUAUGCAAAUCGCCUUGACACAAGACGAGGAAACUUGCUUUCAGCUGUAUUACAAGCAGAUCAGGGCUAAGAACAUUGGGCUUAAAAAAUUCUGCCAAAGUUUUUUUACUUCGACGGCCGGCGAGGCUGUUCACAGCGUCUCACAAGACAUGUAUCGCCUCCAUGAAAUGUAUAAGCUGGCCCCUUUCAGGAGUCAGGAUGUACGGAGGGCUGUUGAGACUGCUGCAAAAAAGCUCCCAGCGGACAAACGUGAGGCCGUGAAUCAUUACCUGGCCCAUAGCGCUGAUGUGAACAGAACGCCACUGCCGCAGGAUAUUGUGAAUGCAGCUGUACUGCUGGACUCCUUAAAGGGCACUUCUUUGGAUGAUGACACCUCCUUGGCUGAACUGAGUACUGCUGGAACCAGCACACACACUUCACGGAAAGACUUCUCUGCCUUUCUGGACAGAUUUCCAGUUUCGCUGGAGGGCCGGCCACCAACCAAAAAACGGCGGGUCGAUCUGGGGUUUCCUGAAGACCGUGUCUUUUACGACAAGUGGAGAACUGCCCAGUAUACCCAGAGAGAGGAAUAUCUGCUGUCACACUUCACACACCGCAAGCCGUCUGUCUCAAAGGUGGCAAGGCUGAUUGCGCAGGAGGGUUGGAAGGCCAACUGUCCAAAGCCAGAAGAAAUCGAACGGCUGUGGAAACCAGCGCCCACAGGCACCAUUGAGGCAGAUGAGGUUAUAAUAAAAUGUGUGUCUGAGCAGGCCUGGACAGGCCUGGCCGUCAAGGACUUUGGUGCUGAGGAGGGUCUAGGCGUGGUUGCCACCCGACCGUUUUCUAAAGGCGACAUUGUGUGCGAUUACCACGGAAAGGUAAUCAGAGCAGCCGAAGGGAUGGCCAUGAUGGAGGGACUUAAUGACGACGCCAGGUACUUCUUCUUCUUCAAAGCUGGACAGAGAGACCUAUGCAUCAAUGCAAAGACUGGCUGCGAUUGCCACCCCAAUACAGACACAGUUGGCAGAAGAAUUAAAUGUUGUUCUAAGAGGCCUAACCUGGAGCCCCUGCACUGUGUGAUGAAGGUGAACGGAGAGGACAAGGAUGUCAUCCUCUUCAAGGCGCUGCAGGACAUCAACAUCGACACACAAUUCAAAUUUUACUCUGGAGUAAUGAGAGAGUCUUUCCUUGGCCUGGACCUGGACUGGCUGGAUGAGUAAGCCGGCUCCACAGGUCCAAUAGCUGCUUCUCCACUGGCAGGCCAGUGCGAGCUAGUGCUUUCAACGGGCUGGCGGGGCAAAUAGCCUUGGACCAGUAGCACCAAGCCCAAAAUGAGGCUGCGUUUCUACUGUCGGGCCAGUGCUUAAUCAAAAUGUCCUCAACAUGCAACGGCAUGCAACCUCAUCUCACAAACAAGACGUUUUAUCACAUUGGAAACUAGCAAGAUUGCAAAACAAACGUGAUUAAAAAAUUAUGUUUGCCUUUUUUCACGUGUAGUAUUAAAACCCAAGGAACGUUUUACAAUAAAAACGAUACAAUAAUUAAUUUGUGCCAGGACUGCUCUUUAAUCAUGCAGAAAUUAAGUGGUAUUUACUGUAAUUUCCCAAAAGAAAGAGAACACACAUACUUAUUAAUUUGUGUCUGUUUCUGUUUAUUUGUAAACACACAAAAAACACUGGGGCCAAAAGCAUGCACAUUAAAAACAUUAUUGGUACAUUA